AUGGGCAACAGCGAAUAUCCCAAGGAUAAAGCCACAGUGAUGCUUGAAGAGUCCCUUCGGAGUCCGAAGGCUUUGCUCUUUCGAAUGCUGACCUUCAUGUUGGCCAGUGGCGAGGUGGAGGUCAGUUCCCACGGCAGCCCCAAGGCUGGCGAGGAGCGUGACAAGAGAUGGCGAGAAGAGUUCCUGAAGAAGAACUCCCAGAGGUUCCAGGAAGUCUACCGCAAGGGCCGGAAGCUGGGCGAAGGAAGUUUUGGAGCGGUCUACGAAGUGGCUCAUCGCUCCAACGACACCAGUAUCCGCGUGUGCAAGGUCAUCCAGAAGUCCAGCGCGGACAAGGCCAAGACGUCCCACCAACGUGUGCGCGAGGAGUUUGCCGUGCUGAAACGCCUUGACCAUCCACAUGUGGUGCGAAUCUUUGAGGAUUUCGAGGAUGAGCAGCAGCUGGACGAAAAUCAUUUCGGGUUGGUCCGAAGAUUUAGGAUCAUUCGGGCAAGCCUUUCCAAGGUGCUUCUAUUUGAUUAUGGAACCAUGUCGUGGAGGGGAUUUGCUGGAGCCGACCGCGUGGGCCGUUUGUGCGGUGUGGGUGGUUUGGACGUAUUUUUUCGUUUCGUGGAUGUGUCUCCAAGUUGUCAACAAGUCGCGGGGAGCAAGGAUGGCGCAAUAGUUCUGGAGCUUGAAAGGAGAUUCAUUCGCUACAUUUUGACCUUUGCUGACUCCAUCUUGCAGAUUUUGAACACUGGCCUGGGCUUUAUCGGGCGGCCCGGGGCGCCCAAUGCGAUUCGCACGCCCAAGGGUCAGGAGACAGUGGCCCGGGAUGGCCCCAUGGAGACUGUGGCCGCGCCACAGCUGGACUAUACCGAAUCAGCGGAGCUGGAUAAUUGGCUCUCGACUCUUCCCAGCUGGUUCUGGCGCGGCGUCAUCCUGGUGCUGUGCAUGCUCUGGGCCACCAACUUCGCUGUGAUCAAGGACAUCACUGCGCAGCCAGGGGUCAGCACGCAGAUGUAUGCAGUGUCUCGUUUCACGGUUGCUGCGGGGGUGCUGCUACCAUGGAUCCGUAGCAUCUCUUCGCAGAAGGUCUUUUUGCGAGCUGUCGAAUGUGGCAGCUGGGUGGCCUUUGGCUACAUUGGGCAGGCAAUUGGCUUGAUGACCACCACCGCAUCCAAGUCCUGCUUUAUUUGCUCGUUGAACGUGGUCUUUGUGGCGAUGAUUGUUGGGAUCACCAAGCGCAAGUUCGACCCACAAACCCUGGCAGCAGCGGUGCUGGCAGUGGCUGGCGUUGGCUUCUUGGAGUUGGCGGGAUCCCAGCAGUUUGUGAUAGGUGAUCUGAUCUCCCUAGCGCAGCCCAUUGGCUUCGGCAUGGGAUACAUCCGACUUGAAGAGAUCAUGGCCGAAUCCCCCAAGGAUGCUUUGCCAGUCACAGCAGUGAAGCUGACCAUGGUGGCUUUAGCCAGCUGGGCCUACUUCGCGGUGACCGCCGGGACGGUGGACCUGGAACCCGUGCUCUCCAACAGCGUGGCGCUGACGGGAGUCCUCUACACCGGACUGGUGACCACAGCACUGGCCUUGUUGGUGGAGUCUGUGGCCUUUCGCUUCGUGGAUGCAGCCUCUGCUUCGGUGAUCUUCACCACCGAGCCCCUCUGGGCCGCAAUCUUCGCGGUUUGGCUCAUCAACGAACCCUUCUCCUCGGUUGAUGCUGUCGGCCCGGAAGCUGAGCCAUGGGGGAUGGAUGGGGGCCAUGGGGGAUGGAUGGGCUAA